CGAAGUGCAGAGGUAUUGCUCGAUUUGGGCUUGGAAUUUUUUGGUGUGAUGGAUAAUCGAUUAUUUUUGAAAUUUCUAUGUCUCACGCUGCUUGCCGUUGACACCUCAGCGCAGACACAAAAUGAUUAUAGCGAGGAGCCGCCCGAGGGUUAUUAUGCUUUCGUAGAAUCGCCAAAUGCCGUGCCACCAAAAGUGCGUCCACCCCCCUAUACGCACGUCAGUGCCGAUUGCAAAAAUGUAGGUGGCAAUAAGAAGGCUGCUGUGUCGGUGAACAACAUUUGUGGGGACCUCAACAAGGGGCAAAUUCCUCAAAAUCCAAUGAGACAAAAUGUGCUUGGGGAGCCAUAUCCAUUUGAACUAAUACGGAAUCAAACGCUGAAGUUUUUAUCCAAAACCCUGCCAGUGCUUAAAGCCGAUGACACAUUACCCAAGGUGACCCAAAUUAUCCGCGACGAACCAGUCGAGCAGGUGGAGAACAACAAUAUCGAUCGUCACUACAAUGCACGUGCAAAACGGUCCACGCCACCACAGCCACAUAGCCAGCCACGAAAUGAGGGCCAUGAAUUUAGCUAUUUCGAUCCGGCUUUAGAUGAAGAACAGCGCGCAAAUAGCCGUGCGGCCGAGGAGCGAAAACCACGCAAGUUCUGCGAUGGUGGUGGAGUUUUCUGCACUUUAUAUCGCGCCAUACAGGGCGAUACUUCGACCACACCGCAAGCUACCGCAGAACGGCGCGAAGAAAUCGGACCUAUACGUUAUGAGGGUCCACCCACGCCGUGUCCCGCCAAAGUUGAAUACGCCACACCUGUGUUUGCGAAAAAUUAUCAGGGCUUCUGGCGAUAUGUGGUGCAAAUACCGUACGAAGGUUAUUUCACACAGACCGUCGAAGUGACCCGUUGCAUACAAGCGCGUUGUCAUUACUUAGAUGGCGGAUGUUUGUCCUCACCGCGUUGGGUUAGUCUGUUGGUCGCUGAAAUUUUCUACCCAAAUGCAGAGGAAGCCGUGCCGACUACGUCCACAACCACGCAAACACCAUCCGUACAAGACUUCCAGGCAUAUCAGCAAUAUCUGCAGAAACGUGCUGGCGUAGCCACAGCCUCUGAUGCCACAAACCAUAAUAAUGGCGCUAAUGCACCUGAGUUUAAUCAGCACUGUGAUGGGCACGAUGAGAUCGGUUGCUUCCAAGUGCGUCUCUACUAUGAUUGGUUUUUGAUUCCAGGUUCAUGCAAAUGCUGGCGUCCGGACUACUUUGCCAAGUAUGUGCGAAGAAAGUCUGUGGCGGAUUUGUAAAUCAGCGAGUAAAGGUCAUUCAUCCAUUCCGACAAACAUACGAGUAAGAGAUCACUUUGGGAGCUUUACUCGUAUUUUGAAGAGGAGAGAAAUCACAAAAAAGAAAUCUCAAACUAUACUUAUGUCAACUUUCCUGCCUGUUAAUCUUGCAAUUAUACAUAAAUACGUAUAUUUACAUAUACACGUACAUAUAAGAUAAUGCUCUGCAUUUACCAAUUAGUUUAAUCUAUUAAAAGCGAAAGCGUUAAGUGAAGUUUCCAUUCUAAAAUUCCAUCUA